GCUCCAGGAGCCCGCAUCCCUGCCUCUUCUCCUUACUCAUCUUGGGGAUCCUGGGGUUCUUCUCGGCGGGGAACCCCACGUGAGGGGCGCGUAGAGGGGAGCCCUGCCUCCCGCGGGGUGACUCUGCUUGUCUCUCUGCGGGACGGGGCAGGCCCUGCUCCCAGCCGGGCGUGUGAAAGGUUCAGCACGUGUCACCCUGGAAGAGCCGGGGGUGGGGGGGUCCUUCGCAGGGCUCGGGAUGAGGCUGGGGGCCAGGAACGGGAGGUCCCCAGGGGACCUCGGGUGGAGCCUGGCGACUGCGGAGUUGAGCCGAAGCUCCUCCCCCUGAAGAAUUAGUUGAUCGCCUUUUGGACGCCCGCCCUGCAGGGAGCGACAGCCCAGGCACCCAAUCAGGUGCGAGGAUGGCUUCGGGCAGGGCUCCCAUUGGCUCACUCCGCCCCCAGGGACAGAAGAGACCCUUUAAUACUUGCCUGCGGCUUGGCUCCCAGCAGAGCCUCCAGGAGCCCGCGCCAUGGGGUGGAGGAGUCGGGGGUAGAAAGGGCCGGGAUUUGCUCGCAGCCACACCGCACGUCCUCAGGCGGGCGCUCCGUCGUGGGCUCUGUCCAUUCCCACCAUGGCCUUCUGGACGCAGCUCAUGCUGCUGCUUUGGAAGAAUUUCCUGUACCGCAGGAGACAGCCGGUCCAGCUCUUGGUGGAGUUGCUGUGGCCUCUCUUUCUCUUCUUCAUCCUGGUGGCCGUCCGCCACUCCCACCCCCCACUUGAGCACCAUGAAUGCCAUUUCCCCAACAAGCCGCUGCCCUCGGCCGGCACCAUUCCUUGGCUCCAGGGUCUCAUCUGCAACCUGAACAACACCUGCUUCCCACAGCCCACGCCCGCUGAGCAGCCUCGCGUCCUCAGCAACUUCCAGGACUCCCUGGUCUCCCGGCUCCUGGCAGAUGCCCGCACUGUCCUGGGGGGCCCCAAUGCCCACAGAACGCUGGCCAGCCUGGGAAAGCUGAUGCCGAUGCUGAGAGCUGCGGGCACAACAGCCCAGCGUCAGCCAAGCGACCGACUGCAGGACCUCCUGUCUCUGACCACUGAGCUACUGGGGACACUGCUUGGAGAGGGGUCCCUGGGGUCUGUGCUGGACCACGCCCAGGAGUCCGUGAGCAGCUUUGUGGAGGCAGCAGAGGACCUGGCCCAGGAGCUCCUGGCACUGCCCAGCCUGGUGGAGCUCCGGGCACUGCUGCGGAGACCCCAAGGAGCAGGUGGGCCCCUGGAGGCUGUGUCAGAAGCCCUCUGCGGUGCCCGGGGGCCUAGCAUCCCCGGGGGGCCCUCCCUCAACUGGUGCGAGGCCAGCCACCUGAAGGAGUUGGUGGGGCAGGAGCCAGCAGCAGCCCAGCCCAACCACGGCCUGAGUCCUGCUUGUGCUGAGCUCGUGGGGUCCCUGGAAUCUCACCCACUGUCCCGCCUGCUCUGGAGGCGUCUGAAGCCGCUGGUCCUGGGGAAAGUGCUAUUUACACCCAACACUGCCUUCACCAGGCAGCUCAUGGCCCAGGUGAACCGGACCUUCCAGGAGCUGGCUCUGCUGAAGGACGUCCAGGAGGUGUGGGGUACGCUGGGACCCCAGCUCUUCGACUUCCUGAAUGACAGUACGAACCCGGCGAUGAUGCAGAGGCUCCUGCAAGCUGGGGACAGAGGAAGGAGGCGGCCGGGAUCUGGAGGCCAGGCCCAGGCCAAGGCCCUGCUGGCCUUUCUGGACCCCCAUGGGGACGGCUACACCUGGCAGGAGGCUCAUGCCAAUGUGGGUCACUUGGUGGGCAUGCUGGGCCGUGUGAUGGAGGCCCUCCCCCAGUGUGUGACCCUGGACAAGUUGGAGGCGGCAUCCUCAGAGGCCACCCUGGUGGCACGGGCGCUGGAGCUGCUGGCAGAGCGCCGCUUUUGGGCCGGCAUCGUCUUCCUGGGGCCUGAGGAAGGUCUGGACCCCGCACAGCCCCGGGGUCCCGGCCACGUGCGCGUCAAGAUCCGCAUGGACAUCGAUGCUGUCGCGAGAACCAACAAGAUCAGGGACAGGUGCUGGGACCCCGGCCCGGCCGCCGACCCCUUGACGGACCUGCGCUACGUGUGGGGUGGCUUCGUGGACCUGCGGGACCUGCUGGAGCGCGCGGCGGUGCGCGUGCUCAGUGGCCGCGAGCCCCGGGCCCGCCUCUUCCUGCAGCAGAUGCCGUAUCCCUGCUUCGUGGAUGACGCGUUCCUGCGUGUCCUGAGCCGGUCGCUGCCGCUCUUCCUGACGCUGGCCUGGAUCUCCUCGGUGGCGCUGACGGUGAAGGCGGUGGUGCGCGAGAAGGAAACCAGGCUGCGCAGCACCAUGCAGGCCAUGGGGCUCGGCCGCGCCGUGCUGUGGCUCGGCUGGUUCCUCAGCUGCCUGGCGCCCUUCCUGCUCAGCACCGCGCUGCUCGUGCUGGUGCUCAAGCUCGGGGACAUCCUCCCCUACAGCCACCCGGCCGUGGUCUUCCUGUUCCUGGCGGCUUUCGCCGUGGCCACCGUGGUCCAGAGCUUCCUUCUGACCGCCUUCUUCUCCCACGCCAACCUGGCGGCUGCCUGUGGAGGCCUCGCCUACUUCGUCCUCUAUCUGCCCUAUGUGCUGUGCGUGGCCUGGCGGGACCAGCUGCCUGCGGGUGGUCUGGUGGCUGCGAGCCUUCUGUCUCCUGUGGCCUUUGGGUUCGGCUGCGAGAGCCUGGUGCUGCUGGAGGAGCAGGGCGAGGGCGCGCAGUGGCACAACAUGGGCACUGGGCCUGCGGCCGACGUCUUCAGCUUGGCGCAGGUUUCUGGCAUUCUGCUGCUGGAUGCCGUGCUUUAUGGCCUCGCCACCUGGUACCUGGAGGCCGUCUGCCCAGGCCAGUACGGGAUCCCCAAACCGUGGAACUUUCCCUUUCGGAGGAGCUAUUGGUUUGGACCUCAUUCUCCCAAGGGUUCCUCCCCACCUGCCACCCCGAAGGACCCAAAAGUUCUGAUGGAAGAGGUACCCCCGGGCCUGAUCCCAGGAGUCUCCAUACGGGGCCUGGAGAAGCGCUUUCCCAGCAACCCGCAGCCAGCCCUGCGGGGGCUCAGCCUGGACUUCUACCAGGGCCAGAUCACUGCCUUGCUGGGCCACAAUGGAGCCGGCAAGACGACCACACUGUCCAUCCUGAGUGGCCUCUUUCCCCCAACCCGGGGCUCCGCCUGCAUCCUGGGCUAUGAUGUCCAGUCCAGCAUGGAAGCCAUCCGGCCCCACCUGGGCGUCUGCCCGCAGUACAACGUGCUGUUUGACAUGGGCCACUGUGUUCGCUAUGGCUGCAGGCUGACCGUGGAGGAGCACAUCUGGUUCUAUGGGCGGCUGAAGGGUCUGAGUGCGGCUGCUGUGCGCCCAGAGCAGGCCCGUCUCCUGCAGGAUGUGGGGCUCGUCCCCAAGUGGGGUGCACAGACACGCCACCUCUCUGGUGGGAUGCAGAGGAAGCUUUCAGUGGCCAUCGCCUUUGUGGGUGACUCCCGGGUCGUGAUCCUAGAUGAGCCCACAGCUGGUGUGGACCCUGCUUCCCGUCGCAGCAUUUGGGAGCUGCUGCUCAAAUACCGGGAAGGUCGCACACUGAUCCUUUCCACCCACCACCUGGAUGAGGCAGAGCUGCUAGGAGACCGUGUGGCUGUGGUGGCAGGAGGCCACUUAUGCUGCUGCGGUUCCCCGCUCUUCCUGCGCCGUCACCUCGGCUCCGGCUACUAUCUGACGCUGGUGAAGGCUCCCGCGUCCCUGGCUUCCAGCAGCAAGGGGAAGCCUGACCUGGAGGAGAGUGUAGAUGCCGGGCAGAAGAGGGAGCCGGUCAGCUGGGGCGGUACAGCUGGUGUGCCCAGGCUGCUGUCCCUUGUGCAGCGGCUGGUGCCCGGAGCACGGCUGGUGAGGGAGCUGCCCCAUGAGCUGGUGCUCGUGCUGCCCUACGGGGGUGCUGUGGACGGCGGCUUUGCCAGGCUUUUCUGGGAAGUGGACCAGCGGCUGGGGGAGCUGGGGCUGGCCGGCUACGGGAUCUCGGACACCAGCCUGGAAGAGAUCUUCCUGAAGGUGGUACAAGAUUGUGCUGCGGCCACAGACCCGGAGGAUGUGGCCACAGGUGGUAGCCAUAGCCAGCACCCAGGCCGAGGCAGUGCUCGCCUAGAUGUGACCACACAGCUCAGGAUCCUCCCUGAAGAGUCCGUUUUGGAAAAUGGGGAGCUUGCUCUGUCUGCCCCAGAGACGCAGGCCCUGCGGGGCUCUGCACAGCCCCGGGUGUGGGGCUGGACACUGACCCGCCAACAGCUCCGGGCCCUGCUUCUCAAGCGCUUUCUGCUUGCCCGCCGCAGCCGCCGUGGCCUGUUUGCACAGAUCGUGUUGCCUGCCCUCUUUGUGGGGCUGGCGCUGGUGUUCAGUCUCAUCGUGCCUCCUUUCGGACAUUACCCGGCUCUGCGGCUCAGUCCCAGCAUGUACGGUGCCCAGGUGUCCUUCUUCAGUGACGACGCUCCUGGGGAUUCGGAGCGCGCCCGCCUGCUGGAGAUGCUGCUGGAGGAGGCGAGGCUGGAGACCCCUCCGGGGAACAGCUCUACCAGGAUGCAUGAGUGCCCAGCUCCCACUGUCUGCCGGUUUUGGGUGCCUGAAGUGCCUGCAGGUGUCACUGAGGUCCUGACCAGCAGAAACUGGACCCCGGAGUCCCCAUCCCCAGCCUGCCGAUGCAGCCAGCCUGGUGCCCGGCGCCUGCUGCCCGACUGCCCCGCCGCGGCGGGUGGCCCCCCUCCGCCCCAGGCGCUGGCCUGCUCUGGGGAGGUGGUGCAGAACCUGACAGGCCGGAACCUGUCUGACUUCCUAGUGAAGACCUACCCGCGCCUGGUCCGGCAGGGCCUGAAGACCAAGAAGUGGGUGAACGAGGUCAGGUACGGGGGCUUCUCCCUGGGGGGCCGAGACCCAGGCCUGCCCUCGGGCCAGGAGGUGAGUCGCUCGAUGGAGCAGCUGCGGGUUCUGCUGGGCCCCCCGCCCGGCGGGGCCCUCAACCGCAUCCUGGACAGCCUCGCGGCGUGGGCUCGCAGCCUCGACAGGGAGGACAGCCUCAAGAUCUGGUUCAACAACAAGGGCUGGCACGCCAUGGUGGCCUUUGUCAACAGAGCCAACAACGCCGUCCUCCGCGCCCAGCUGCCCCCGGGCCCUGCCCGCCAUGCCCACAGCAUCACCACGCUCAACCACCCCCUGAACCUCACCAAGGAGCAGCUGUCGGAGGCUGCGCUGAUGGCCUCAUCGGUGGACGUGCUUGUCUCCAUCUGUGUGGUCUUUGCCAUGUCUUUCGUCCCGGCCAGCUUCACCCUCAUUCUCAUCGAGGAGCGCAUCACCCGCGCCAAACACCUGCAGAUUAUGGGGGGCCUGCCUCCCACUCUUUACUGGCUCGGCAACUUCCUCUGGGACAUGUGUAACUACUUGGUGUCAGCAUGCGUCGUCGUGCUCAUCUUUCUGGUCUUCCAGCAGAGGGCGUACGUGGCCCCUGCCAACCUGCCUGCCCUUCUGCUGCUGUUACUACUCUAUGGCUGGUCGAUCACGCCGCUCAUGUACCCUGCCUCCUUCUUCUUCUCCGUGCCCAGCACGGCCUACGUGGCGCUCACCUGUGUCAACCUCUUUAUCGGCAUCAACGGCAGCAUGGCCACCUUCGUGCUCGAGCUCUUCUCUGAUCAGAAGCUGCAGGACGUCAGCCGGAUCCUGAAACAGGUCUUCCUGAUCUUCCCCCACUUCUGCCUGGGCCGGGGGCUCAUCGACAUGGUGCGGAACCAGGCCAUGGCUGAUGCCUUUGAGCGUUUGGGAGAUGGGCAGUUCCAGUCACCCUUGCGCUGGGAGGUGGUCGGCAAGAACCUCUUGGCCAUGGCAGUGCAGGGGCCACUCUUCCUCCUGUCCACGCUCCUGCUGCAGCAUGGCGGACGCCUCCUGCCGCAAUCCCAGCCAGGGUCGCUGCACCCCCUGGGGGACGAGGACGAGGACGUGGCCCAAGAGCGGGAACGGGUGGUCCAAGGGGACACCCAGGGGGAUGUGUUGGUGCUGAGAGACCUGACCAAGGUGUACCAUGGGCAGAGGACACCAGCUGUCGACCGCCUGUGCCUGGGGAUCCCCCCUGGUGAGUGUUUCGGUCUGCUGGGAGUGAAUGGAGCAGGGAAAACCUCCACAUUUCGCAUGGUGACUGGGGACACGCUGCCCAGCAGUGGGGAGGCCAUGCUGGCGGGCCACAGCGUGGCCCGGGAGCCGGCAGCUGCACACCGCCACAUGGGUUACUGCCCUCAGUCAGAUGCCAUCUUCGAGCUGCUGACCGGCCGCCAGCACCUGGAGCUGUUCGCGCGCCUGCGCGGUGUUCCCGAGGCGCAGGUUGCCCAGACGGCGAGCCUGGGCCUGGAGCGCCUGGGGCUCCUUCAGUCCGCGGACCAACCUGCGGGCACCUACAGUGGAGGCAACAAGAGGAAGCUGGCCACAGCGGUGGCGCUGGUGGGGGACCCGGCUGUGGUCUUUUUGGACGAGCCGACCACCGGCAUGGAUCCCAGCUCUCGGCGCUUUCUCUGGAACAGCCUCCUGGCCGUGGUGCGGGAGGGCCGCUCCGUGGUGCUUACGUCACACAGCAUGGAGGAGUGCGAGGCCCUGUGCACGCGCCUGGCCGUCAUGGUGAACGGGCGGUUCUGCUGUCUGGGCAGCGCGCAGCACCUCAAGAACAGAUUCGGAGCCGGCCACAUGCUGACCCUGCGGGUGCCCGCCGCCCGGUCCGAGUCGGCGCUGGCCUUCGUGGGGUCCGCGUUUCCGGGGGCCGAGCUGCGCGAGGCGCACGGCGGCCGCCUGCGCUUCCAGCUGCCGCCGGGAGGGCGCUGCGCCCUCUCCCGCGUCUUCGGGGAGCUGGCGGCGCGCGGGGCGGAGCUCGGCGUGGAGGACUUCUCCGUGAGCCAGACCACCUUAGAGGAGGUAUUCUUGAACUUCUCCAAGGACCAGGGGAACGAGGAGGCGGAGGCCGGAGCCCGGGAAGGCCCUGCGCCACGCCCACAGCACCCUGGGCUCAUCGCUGGGUUCCUGGAGGACCCCAGCAUGGCCGAGUCGGUCCUCUGAGCCCCCUUCAUCGGAGGGGUCUGCGGGAGAUGCUGGGAGGGCCGGGGUUUGGGGCGGGGGGAAAUAAAGAGAACUUGUGGCAUG